AAUUAAAUUGAUGGUAUAAUAAAAUCACAUGCUUUCUAAUCGCGUGGUUUACACGAUUGAGUAGCGAGAUCGCAUCCAUCAUCAUCAUUCUUCCCAUCUUCAAGGUUCCACCACUCUGAUCGAUCCCAAACCAAACCAUUCAACUCUUUCUUCUACUCAUUCAUUCAUACAUACUAAUCUUCAUCGUUAUCAUUUUCAUCACUUCUCACAAACUUAACAAACCUUCACACCCUCAUUAGAUCCAUCGCUAAACCGCUUCAUUUCAUUCUCUCACUUUCUUAUGAUUUUCCUUUCUCUCUUCACCGAUGCGUAACUAUAGGGUUUUAAUUUCCUCUUUUCAUGAUCUCAGCGUGAUUUUCACGUGACAUGGAUUUUGGAACCAAAUUAAACACAGUCGUUUUGAAAAAUCGAUGGUUGAAUCUAUUUGACGGAACUUGAUUACUGUAUAUUUAGUGGAAAUAAACGUUUUCAGUUUGUAUUUGAAGUUUUUUUUUCUAUUGUUGAAAAGUUCUGGAGAAUUUGGAAAUCAUGUUCUGGAGGGAACGUGAGAGGGAGAAUAAGGAACAUAACGGUGGAGUGCUUUGUGGACAAGUUAGAGUGCUCGUUGUUGGUGAUUCAGGUGUUGGGAAGACUUCUUUAGUUCACCUUAUUGUUAAAGGUUCUCCCGUCGCUCGCCCUUCUCAGACAAUUGGUUGUACAGUAGAUGUGAAGCAUACUACUUAUGGAAAUUCUGGCAGCUCUUCAAGUAGCCUCAAAGGUGAUUCUGAGAGAGAUUUCUUUGUUGAACUGUGGGAUGUCUCCGGACAUGAACGUUACAAAGAUUGCCGAUCUCUGUUUUAUUCACAGAUUAAUGGUGUAAUAUUUGUUCACGAUCUUUCACAAAGAAGAACAAAGACUAGCUUGCAGAAGUGGGCAGCUGAGAUUGCUGCAACUGGGACAUUUUCAGCUCCUUUGGGAUCUGGUGGCCCUGGUGGCCUUCCUGUUCCGUAUAUUGUUAUUGGUAACAAAGCUGAUAUUGUUGCAAAAGAGGGUACACGAGGAAGCAGUGGGAAUCUCGUUGAUGUUGCACGCCAGUGGGUCGAGAAACAGGGUUUGCUUCCAUCCAGUGAGGAGCUUCCGCUGACUGAGAGUUUUCCUGGAGGUGGAGGACUUGUUGCAGCAGCAAAAGAUGCAAGGUAUGAUAAGGAGGCUGUGACUAAGUUUUUCCGCAUGUUGAUUAGGAGAAGAUAUUUCUCAGAUGAAAUACCUGCACCUGCAUGGUCCAUUCCUACAUCUCAAGGAUCUUCUCAGCGUAUAGAUGAAAGUUUUAUCGAAGAUGACCAGUCUUAUAAUACAAGUCGAAGCAGUGAUCCAUACAAGUAUAACAUGCUUCCCCCACUUCCGGCUCAACGCAAUCUAACUCCACCACCUACACUCUAUCCUCAACAGCCAGUUUCAGUCUCUGAAAGCUACAGCUUCCCUAGAUUUUCUUUGUCUGGUUCCUCAGAAAUGAGUGCUUCAUCGAGAACAAAGCGAUCAGAUAUAAAUGUCUGAAGAUCUUUAUGUUUGCUAAUUGGGCACUGCUAUUGCACUGAUAUGUAUUCUUUUACAUGGAGCAAAGUUAUGUUUGUUUUGAUUCUUUGUUCCACUUGUAACCUGUCCACUGAUUCAUUCAUUUUUUAGAGGCUUUCUCAGUGGGGAGAAGUAUACUUGUUCAAAGUUUGGGGAGAAUUUAUUAUAUGAUAUAUAUAUGGUCGAUUCUUUAAUAUCAUACCUUCUUUUUCUGCCA